CGCAGUUACAGCCACAGACACCGCAAACCGAGUUUUGUUAAUACAUCAGCGGCUGCAACAACACCAAAAAAAACAACAAAACAAUAGAAAUAACCCAGAGACCGCGGUAGAGUUCUAAGUUUUAAGGGUCUCUGCGAUGGGCAAGAAAGACAAGAACAAGGAACCGGCGGACGCUGCACCAGCUGGCGAUGCACCACCUGCUGGACCUCCAGCAGGCGAAGGAGGCGAUGGCGAGAUUGUGGGCGGACCACACAAUCCGCAGCAGAUUGCGGCACAGAAGCGUCUCCAGCAGACGCAGGCGCAGGUCGAUGAGGUCGUCGACAUUAUGCGCACAAACGUCGAGAAGGUGCUGGAGCGCGAUAGCAAGCUGUCGGAGUUGGACGAUCGCGCCGAUGCCUUGCAGCAGGGCGCCUCGCAGUUCGAGCAGCAGGCGGGCAAGCUCAAGAGGAAAUUCUGGCUCCAGAACUUGAAGAUGAUGAUCAUAAUGGGCGUGAUUGGCCUGGUUGUCGUGGGAAUCAUUGCAAAUAAGCUGGGACUCAUAGGCGGAGAGCAGCCACCGCAGUACCCUCAGUAUCCACAGUACAUGCCGCCACCGCCGCCACAGCAGCAGCAGCCAGCCGCCGCCGGAGGACAGUCGGCGCUGGUCGAUGGAGGAGCCGGCACCGGCGCCGGGGCCGGGGCCUAUCCGGAGCAUGGCGGCGCAUAAGUAAUUCUGGACGGCAUUUACCUGUAAAGCCAAGCAAAGAACGUUUCUUGAUUACACACAAAAACAAACAAAAAUAUAAUCUGCAAAACCCAAGAACCGACAAAAAAACUCCCCCAAGGGAAAACUCAGUUAUACUAGAAAAAUCUCGAGAAUUGCAAAGAAGUCAAUAAAAUAAUAUGUUUUCCCACUUAAAAGACGACGAACAUGACGGCUUUAAGUAAAUGCAGUCAUAAUAUUAACACUAAAUCUAAAUCUAAAGAACGCUCCGGACAAAAUGAAGUUGUUGCUAAUUUGUUUAUGGUUACAUUAUUUCAUGCAUAAAAAGGUAUAUAUAAAGAUAAAUAUAAAUAUAUAAAUAUAUAUGGGUACUUGAAUAUUUACGAGUAAAUCUAACAAAACAACUAGUAAACUAUGCUAUAUAACUACGACUAUAUUGUACUUAACAUGUAUCUCGGGGCUGGGCCGGUGCGAGGCCAGCGCGAGGACCGGGCAUGGUCGCUCCCGAUAAUAGCAACUCUUUGAACUCAGUUUCCUUAGCAAAUCUACUAGUAUCGAUUUCGAACAGUUUCGGAACAAAGCCCAAAGCAAAGAAGACACUCCCGAGAACGAAACCAAAUCAAAGCUUUUGUUCCUAAGUAAAAGUUACGCAAAAUAUAAAUAUUUGAAGUGUAUAAUCCAAAAAAAAAAAAAAAAAAAAA